GGAAAAGGAAAAUGUAAAUGAAAUACGAAUAAAAAAUGUCUGCAUUUUAAUUAGUUUUACACACUUUUUUCGUUUUGUUUUUUAAAAUUUUUUUUGCAAAUUUCUUAACUAAACACAACGUUAGAGAAAUGACGGUAAAUUGGUGAUUGUGGUGAUGGGAGAGAGAAAGCGAGCUUUUGUGGAUUGGUGAUUGUGGUGAUUGGUGAAUUAGCAGUUGUAGCGAUGUGAGAAAGGAUGGAGGGAGGUGGCGGUGGAUUGGUGAUUGUGCUGUAGAGAGAGAUAACGAAUUUUUGUAUAGAAAUAAUGUAAUAUUCAAAAUUUUGUUUUUCAUAACAAAACAUGAAACUUGCUUUGAAUAUGGAAUGGUUUACGAUUCAAUAUUUAACUGAUGUGAGAUUCAUUAGUCUACAUCAUUUUGUUCAACAAACAUGUACGAUUUUUAUGGGUAAUUGAUUUUUGAAGAUUAUUUAUUUUAUACAAAGUUACAAAAAAAUUUUAUACCAAAAUUAAAAAGGGUUCAACAUUUCAUACUAUUACUAAAUGAACGAAUAGACAAAAAAUAGAGAAAGAGACAGGGAUGAUGGUAUUGGGAUUAAUGACUAUAAUAUUACAAAAGUUUGUUUUUGGAAAAAAAUAUUUGAAACCCAAUUUUAGUACAAGUUCAAUUGUUAUUUAUUAUUUAUUUUUCAGUUACACAAACAAAUCGGCCGUUAUAAGAAAUUCUUAACGGCCCCCUUUUCAAAAUUUCAAUAUUCAAUUCAAAAAUCCCCCCAACCCCUCCCAUUUCAUUUCAAGAACCAAACCCCACAAAUUUCCUUCAAUCAACCCCACCAUCCAUCUCUCUCUCUCUCUCUGCAACUUUUGCCCCCACCAUGGCUGCUUCUGAUAAGAGAGAAGAAGCACAAGAACAAGAGAAGACAAUCCCUGUAUUCACUGUCCUCAAGAACAACGCCAUCCUCAAGAACAUCUUCCUCCUCGACAACCCACCUUCAGUUCCUGAUCCCGAACCCUUCAAUCCCCUUAAAAAUGGCGACCAAGUUCAAGAAUUCGAAGAAACCUUGCUAGUUGGACGACACCCAGAUUGCAAUAUCACGUUAGAGCACCCCAGCAUCAGCCGAUUCCACCUCCGAAUCCACUCCAAACCCUCUUCCCACAAGCUCUCCGUCAUCGAUUUGUCAUCCGUACAUGGGACUUGGGUUUUGGGGAAGAAGAUUGAACCGGGGAUUCGAGUAGAGCUGAAUGAGGGUGAUACAGUGCGGCUUGCUAGCUCAAGUAGGGUCUACAGGCUUCAUUGGGUACCGGUGAGCUGCGCCUAUGAUAUGGAGAACCCCUUUGUACCGCCAUCAGAUGUGUCGGUUCAGGUGGAAGAAAGCAAACGAGAAGGAACACAUCAGGAUCAGAAUGGUUUGUUUGUUGAAAAUAACGAAAUUCAAUUACUGGAUAAUUUGGAGGAGGGUAUGGAUUUGGUAUUUUGUAAUGAGAAUUUGAUAUCUCUGAACAAUGUGAUACCAUCGGCACCUCCAUUGCCAGAAUACAUGAACUCGCCUUUGUUUUCUGAUGAAGAAGUAGAAAACAGUAAUACUUCCAUGAAAGAUCAUGAACAUAAGAAAAGUUUUAGCCGUUGGUCUGAAAAUCAACAAUUUGAUAAAGAUAUUCAGAUCCCACAGCCUUCUGCAGCUAUAGAAGUGCAAUCCGAGAUUAAAAAACUAGAGACCUCCCCUGGAGAGUUGGAGCGAAAUUUGAACUUUCUGGAAUGCUUGGAAGCUUCAUUUUCUCAUGAAGAAAUUGAAAAGAAGUGCUCGUUGAGAGAAGAUUAUGAUCAGAGUGAAAUGUCAUGCUUUUUUGAUCAACCUCUAUUGGAGGAAUCUGUAAACUCACCUUUGCCCAGCAGGAUUGUUAUCUCUAGGAUAGAUGAUCAACAAUUGGACAAAGAAAACCAGUGCCCAGAACCUCUCUUAGGCACUGAAGAACUGACUGAAAUAGAAAAUCCAGGUAGCUUUCCAAUGAGAUCCGGGCUAAAAUUUAGCCUUCCAAUAAGCUUGAAUUCUUCAAUAUCUGGUGAAGAAGAAGGCCAUCAGGUUGCUGAAGUAUUUCAUGUAGUUGAGAAUGAGGACCCAUUAAGAAAACAUCAUGAUUUAGGUGAAAUGCCUUUCCUUCAGCGUGGACAUCUUGCGACAGAAUCUGUGAAAUCAUGUUUGCCUGGUGGGAGUGCUCUCUCGGAAAUCGAAGGCCAACAAUUUUACAAAGCAAACCAGAGCCCACAAAUUCCCUUUGCCACUGGAGGGUCUCAAAAGGAAGAUCUAGGAAGCCCUCUGAUAAAAUCAGAGCAGAAGUCCAACUUGCUUGGUGGGAGUGCUCUCUCGGAAAUCGAAGGCCAACAAUUUUACAAAGCAAACCAGAGCCCACAAAUUCCCUUUGCCACUGGAGGGUCUCAAAAGGAAGAUCUAGGAAGCCCUCUGAUAAAAUCAGAGCAGAAGUCCAACUUGCUUGGUGGGAGUGUUCUCUCAGACAUCGAAAGCCAACAAUUCCAUGAAGCAAACCAGAGCCCGCAAACUCCCUUUGCCACUGGAGGGUCUCAAAAGGAAAAUCCAGGAAGCCCUCUGAUAAAAUCAGAGCAAAAGUCCGACUUGCCUGGUGGGAGUGUUCUCUCAGACAUUGAAAGCCAAAAAUUCCACGAAGCAAACCAGAGCCCGCGAACUCCCUUUGCCACCGGAGGGUCUGAAAAGGAAAAUCCAGGAAUCCCUCUGAUAGAAUCAGAGCAAAAGUCCAACUUGCUUGGUGGGAGUGUUCUCUUAGACAUUGAAAGCCAGCAAUUCCACAAUGCAAACCAGAGCCCACGAACUCCCUUUGUCACUGGUGGGUCUCGAAAGGAAAAUCCAGGAAGCCCUCUGAUAAAAUCAGAGCAAAAGUCUGAGUUGGCUAGCAUUUGGUCAAGAAGAGGUAAACCGUCUAGUGUUCUUCAGAUUCAAACUGGCAGGAGUAUGGGAAAGAGGACAGGGUCUGACAUCAAUGCUGAAGUUGAAUUACUGCAUCAGGAAGAUAUCGAAAAUGAUGUGAUCUCAAAGGCUCUUUUCACUGAUUUAGAUGACGACAAAGAAGAAGACUUUACUCCAGACAAAGAGAAUUUUACUCCAAAUACUCGUAUUAUGAAGUCCAUGAAGAAGAUGGGUAAGGUAGAACAAAUCAUGGAUUCCAUGUCAUACGGAUCAUCCUCUUUGAAAAAUAAGGUAAUCUCAAAGGCCGCUUCGACUGGUUUAGAAGAAAACGAAGAACCCUUUACUCCGGACAAAGAGAAUUUUACCCCAAAUACUCUUCGACUAAGGUCCAUGAAGAAGAAGAUGGGUAAGGUAGAAGAAAAAAAGCAUUUCAAGUUACAUAGAUCACCCUGUUCGGAAAAUGCCAUUAACCCUUCAGGCAAAGAGAUACAGACACCAAAAGUGCUCCAAGAACAGAAACCGCUAAGGUCUGCCUUUAGAAAUCAAGAACGUUUAGAACCACAGGCUAUGGUAAUGAAGAGUAGAGCUGAAAGAGUGCCGUUUCAGCCUCUACUUGUGAACUCUAGCAGCAAGAGCAAGUCAGAAGCUGCGGUUCUUGGUACCACUUCAAAGAGCAGCAAUUAUGUGAACUAUGUACAAACCAUAGGGAAGGUCACCAACACUUUUUAUAACAACUCUAUUGCAGAGGAAAAGAGGUGGACCAUAGUGGUGGACACUACUUGUCUUCUGAACAAGGAAUCAAGGACAGCAUUACAGCUUUUACAAGGUCUCAAGGGGACACAAUUAAUCAUUCCAAGAAUCGUCAUAAGGGAACUGGAUUGCAUGAAUCGGCGAGGUAGUCUGUUUAGACGAUUAACCGAGGUUUCUUCAGCAUUACAAUGGAUUGAAGAGUGUAUGGUGAAUACAAAUUGGUGGAUUCAUGUUCAGAGCUUGGAGGAGGAGGGAAGGCCUAUUGCACCGACCCCACCUGCUUCGCCUCAGUCUCGAUUCAGUGAGGGGAAUGGCGGGUUGUUCCCUGAUGGGCCCGCAAGCUCAGUUCCCUUUUCUGCUUGGUGGAGUUUACUUGAAAUUGUUUCCCCAACAGCAGAAGACCAUAUCCUUGAAUGCGCUCUCCUUUCCAGAAGAAUUAAUAAUGAUGGACAGCUCGUCCUUCUUACGAAUGAUGUCACUUUGAAGAUCAAAGCCAUGGCAGAAGGUUUGGUCUGUGAGACAGCACAAGAAUUCCGUGACAGCCUAGUGAACCCAUUCUCUGAGAGAUUCUUGUGGGCUGACAGCUCUCCGAGAGGAAGGACUUGGUCUUGUGCAGACGAUGUUGUUCUAUGGGAGAAAUAUUCCCGCUCCUCAAGGAAACCAUCAAAACUAGGAGAAGGCGGCGCCAAAGGUUUAAAACUCAUAUUGCUCCACAAUUCUCGUUAUGCACUGAGUUCAGUAAUCUAAAAUUUUUUUUGCAACAACUGUUCAACCCUCUUCUUUUGAACACUGAUUCACAAAUUUGAUUUGACGUUGCCUCGUUGCAUCCGUGCUGUCAAUUCUUUUUCACUGUUGCAAAUGUUGCUGUUCAUUUCAUCGUAUUAUGUGAGGAGGGUUAAAAAUUGGUGUUUUGUAGCAAUGUUUGUUUUGAAGGAUAACAAUCUUUUGUAUCCAUCCAAAUGCAAUUAUAAUUUUGCUUUAUUUGGCAA